AUAUAAUUUGUGUAGGAACAGUAAAGAAAGAAAAAGAGUAAAAACUGCCUAGAAAGUUGAAGGACAGCAUCACCACCUGAGUAAUGUUUUCCUUUAGGAAUAAAAUUUACUCAGUGCUGCCCUGGGUCCAUUCAGGGUUAGUUUGCGGAUUUUGUGCCAUAUCAUGAUAUAGUAAUGAUACUUACCUAACAAACAUAAACAGCUUUUGUUUUUUUAAAGAAAACAUAAACAGUUUUUGUUCGAUUCGCCAAGGAAUCUAUAUAAUGUUUGGCUCGUGAGGAGAAAAACAAAACAAAGAACAAGGGAGAUAAGGCGGGCGUGGGGACCCUUUGGUCUUUUCCCGCACUGCCGAACGCUUUGAACCUCUCCCCCCUCCUGGCCUCCUCCCCCACUCCACGACUCCACUCCACCCCCGCUCCCCUCCAAAACCCCCACCAACCCAAUGGCGACGCCACCGCUCUCGCCGGCGGACGCGGAGGAGGAGGAGGCGCGGGAGCUCCUCUACGAGGCGUACAACGAGCUGCAGGCGUUGGCGGCCGAGCUGGGCGGCGCCGCGGGGGCGCCGGCCGUCGUCGUGGUGGGCCACCAGACGGACGGCAAGACCGCGCUGGUCGAGGCGCUCAUGGGGUUCCAGUUCAACCACGUCGGGGGCGGGACCAAGACGCGCCGCCCCGUCGCGCUCCACCUCCGCUUCAACCCGCGCUGCGACGCGCCGCAGUGCCGCCUGCUCGCCGGCCCCGGGGACGAAGGUGAAGACGCCGGGGUCGCAGGUCGCCCCAUGCCGCUCGCCGACAUCCAGGCAUAUAUUGAAGCUGAAAACAUGAGACUGGAGAAUGACCCUUGCCAAUUUUCAGACAAGGAAAUCAUAGUUAAGGUAGAAUACAAGCAUUGCCCCAAUCUCACCAUUAUUGACACUCCAGGUCUCAUUCUUCCAGCUCCUGGCCGUAAAAACCGAGUUUUGCAGAGCCAGGCUUCUGCUGUUGAGAGCCUCGUUCGUGCCAAAAUCCAGCAUAAAGAGACCAUUAUACUGUGCCUUGAAGAUUGUAGUGAUUGGAGUAAUGCAACUACUCGGAGAGUGGUGAUGCAGGUUGAUCCUGAUCUUGCAAGGACUGUUCUAGUUUCCACAAAACUGGACACUAAAAUACCACAAUUUGCCCGACCCUCUGAUGUUGAAGUGUUUCUUCACCCACCGACUUGUGUGCUAGAUGUUUCUUUAUUGGGAGAUUCUCCCUUUUUCACAUCAGUACCUUCUGGUAGAGUUGGUUCUUGCCAUGAAGCGGUGUUCAGAUCAAAUGAAGAGUUUAAGAAGGCCAUCUCAUCAAGAGAGUUUGAAGAUAUUACAUCUAUUGAAGACAAGUUAGGAAGGUCACUUACAACAGAGGAGAAAGAAAGAAUCGGAGUUGGUAACUUGCGAUUGUUUUUGGAAGAGUUGCUGAGGAAGAGGUAUAUUGAGAGUGUUCCACUAAUCAUUCCACUUCUUGAGAAGGAGCAACGAAAUGCAACAAGGAAAUUGCGUGAAAUCAGUCAAGAAAUCAGUGAUCUGGACGAAGCCAAACUGAAGGAGAAAGCUCAGCUAUUCCAUGACUCAUUUUUGGCCAAGUUAUCUUUGCUAUUGAAAGGCAUGGUGGUGGCACCUCCUGAUAAAUUUGGUGAGUGUUCUAUCUCCCGUGAGUGGUUUUCUGAUGGUCUUGAGGUUAUUGCUACAUUCUACUUUGUUAUCACUUUUUUAAACUGUUGGACCACAGGAGAAACUUUAAUUAACGAGAGGAUCAAUGGGGGAACAUUUACUGGAAGUGAAAAUUUUCAGCUCCCGAACAAGAUGAUGCCAAAUGCUGGAAUGCGGCUUUAUGGUGGUGCACAAUACCAUCGAGCAAUGGCUGAAUUUCGUCUGGUAGUUGGUAGUAUCAAGUGCCCUCCAAUAACUAGGGAGGAAAUUGUCAAUGCUUGUGGUGUUGAGGAUAUUCACGACGGGACAAACUACUCCAGGACUGCUUGUGUAAUUGCUGUGGCAAAAGCACGUGAGACAUUUGAGCCAUUCCUUCACCAGUUGGGUUUUAGGCUUUUGUACAUAUUGAAGAGGCUGAUCCCAAUCUCUGUUUAUCUGUUGGAGAAAGAUGGUGAGCGCUUUAGUGGCCAUGAAGUACUUGUAAGGCGUGUCCAAGCAGCAUUCAGGAGGUUUGUUGAAUCCACUGAGCAAUCAUGUCGAGAAAGGUGUAUGGAAGAUUUGGAGAGUACCACUCGUUAUGUCACUUGGUCCCUUCACAACAAGAACCGCACUGGGUUGCGACACUUCCUCGAUUCAUUUGUUGCACCGGAGCAACUAUUAGUAAAUACACUGCAUGAGCAGUUGCCUGGGUUGAAUGAUAACAGACAGGACAGGGCGAAGACCGACUCAAAGUCUAAUCAUUCUUCAGACACAAAUUCAUCGGGUGCUGUACCAGAGACAAGGCUGGUCGAUCUGUUGGACAGCACACUCUGGAAUAGAAAGCUGGUUCCCUCAUCUGAAAGACUUGUCUAUGCAUUGGUUCACCAGAUUUUCCAUGGGAUCAGAGAGCACUUUCUUGUCACCACUGAACUGAAGUUCAAUUGCUUUCUCCUCAUGCCGAUUGUCGACAAAUUACCUGUGCUUCUAAGACAAGACCUUGAAUCAGCUUUUGAGGAUGAACUUGAUAGCAUCUUUGAUGUCACUCAGCUGCGCCAGUCGCUCGGGCAGAAGCAGCGAGAGCUGGAGAUCGAAGUGAAGCGGAUCAAGCAUUUAAAGAAGAAGUUUGGGGAGAUAAAUAAGAAGCUCAAUUAUCUUCUUGUUAGGCAGUAGGUCAGUCCAGAAUUGAGCAGUAGUUUGCUAGGCUAGGACUCCAUGUAGAGUGUUUCUAUGCAAUAGUUAAUAAGAAGUAGAACUGAGCAAUAGUUUGCUAGGCAGUAGGUCAGUCCAGGUAGAGUGUUUCUAUGCUGUAAUAGUGUGACUUCUUGUUGUACCUUUAAAUUUGUAAAUAUGAAGACUUCCUAUGUCUUAAUGUAUGAUGUUAGUACAUGAUUUUCCAUAUGGCCAAUAAAAUGAUGUAUCCUUAUCAAGUUCUUAAA